AUGAUUGCUGAAGUUGUAAUUUAUCAAACAUAUAAAAAUGUAGAAGAUAAGAACAUUGAAGCAUUAUAUAAAUUUCCAAUUUACGAAGCUGCAGCAAUUUGUGAUUUUGAAGCAGAAAUUGAUGGCAAAUAUAAAGUUAAAGGUGUUGUAAAAGAAGCAAAACAAGCUGCUUCUGAUUAUAAUGAAGCUAUUGAGAAAGGAUAUAGUGCUUAUUUGGUUGAAGAACAAUUAUCAGAUGUAUUCCAAUGUUCAAUUGGAAAUCUAAAAAGUAACCAGACAGUAGUCAUCAAAAUAACCUAUGUUACUGAACUUAAACACGACUCAGAGAAUGAAAAAAUACGAUUUGUUUUACCAACUUCUAUUGCAGAAAGAUAUGGAUCUUCUUCUUCUUCAACAGCUAAUUAUGGUAAAAAACUUGUGCCUGAUGAUGUAAAAUAUUCUGGGGAAGCAAAUUAUAAACUGGAUUUAAAAAUUAAUUGUAGAAUGACCUCAACCAUUCAAUCAAUUGAGUCUCCUUCUCAUUUGAUCUCUACUGAAUUAAAUGUUAAUGGUAAUCCCAAAACUUCUAAUGUUACUUUGGCUGAACAAAUUACUUAUUUAGAGAAAGAUUUUGUUUUAGUUGUCAAGAGUGAAGAUCUUGAUAAGCCAAGGGCAUUUCUUGAAUAUAACCCUAAAACAGAAUCUAAUUGUUUAAUGUUGACAUUAGUUCCAAAAUUUUCUUUAAAUCCAAUUCAAACAGAAAUAGUUUUUAUAGUUGAUAGAUCAGGAUCAAUGCAAGGUGAACCAAUUAAAAAAGCAGGCCAAGCAUUAGAACUAUUUCUACAUUCAUUGCCAGAAGAUUGUUACUUUAAUGUGGUAUCAUUUGGUAGUAGUCAUGAUUCACUAUUUCCAAAAUCUCAAGAAUACUCUCAAGAAACAUUGGAUAGAGCCAUCAACCUGGCAAAAAAUUUAGAUGCAAAUUAUGGUGGAACAGAAAUUUACAAUCCUAUAAAAUGGGCAUUUGAUAAUCAAUUGAAAACUAUGACCACCACUUUAUUUUUAUUGACAGAUGGUGAAGUUUGGGGAGUUGAUAAAAUCAUUGAAUUGAUUGAUCAAAAUGUUGAAGAUAAAAACAAUGAUUUAAGAAUUUUUACAUUGGGUAUUGGUGAUAGUGUUUCACAUCAUUUAGUGGAGUCAGUUGCUAGAUCUGGUAAUGGGUAUGCAGAAUUUGUUACUAAUAAAGAAAGAAUGGACAAGAAAAUUUUGGGAAUGUUGAAAAAUGCUGUUAAACCACCCAUCAAUGAUUAUAAAAUCAAAUGGACAACAAGUUAUGACAAACAAGAUGAAGAAGAAGAUAAAUUCUUUGAAAAGCCUAAAAAAGAUAUUGAAAAAUUAUUGGAGCAUGUUAAAUUACAACAAGCACCUUAUAAAAUACCAGAAAUUUAUCCAGGAGUUAGGUUUACAGUUUAUUGUAUUUUAUCAAAAGGUGUUCAACCAUCAAAUGAAAUUAUCUUGACUGCUAAAUCUUCAGAUGGGCCAAUGAAACUUAAUAUACCAAUAGAUCAUGUAACCUUGACUGGAUCAAAAAUUCAUACACUGGCUGCCAGGAAACUUAUACAAGAUUUGGAAGAAAACAGAUCAUUUAUUAAUAAACAUCCUAAAUCUAAAGAUAAACCUAUUCCUGAUUAUAUAUUUAAAGAUUAUAUUGUUAACUUGGGAAUAAAAUAUAAUCUAAUCUCAAAAUAUACAAGACACGUUCCAAAUAAAGCAUCAUCACAGAUGUCACCGCAAAUGCCUGGAUGGUUUUGUGGUUUUGGAACUAAUACUAAUUCUUAUACAUUGGGCUUGGCUGCUCCAAUAAAUGCAUCAUUUGGAUUUGGAUUCGGUGCUGCUCCUCGACUACCAACGAAUACACUUUCUUCAUAUGUUGCUGCUUCUCAACCACCAACGAACUCAUCGGCUUUAUUUGGUACUGCUUUUCAACUAUCGACGAAUUCAUCGUCUUUAUUUGGUGCUGCUCCUCAACCACCAACGAAUUCAUCGUCUUUAUUCGGUGCUGCUCCUCAACCACCAACAAAUUCACCGUCUUUAUUCGGUGCUGCUUCCCAAACACCAAUGAAUUCACCGUCUUUAUUUGAUGCUGCUCCUCAGCCACCAACGAAUUCACCGUCUUUAUUCGGUGCUGCUUCCCAAACACCAAUGAAUUCACCGUCUUUAUUCGGUGCUGCUCCUCAACCACCAACGAAUUCACCGUCUUUAUUUGGUGCUGCUCCUCAACCACCAACAACAAGUCCACAUGAUCAGGAAAACAUUGUAAGAAGUAGUUACAAUAGUUACAAGUCAUUGCUUUUUCCACCUGCAUUAUCAGAACAGGAUUGUGCUAGCAAGCCUUAUGUGGCUCAAACAAGUUCAUAUGGAAAUUUUCCUGAUGAUGAGCAGCAAAAAGUGAAAUUAUGUACUAUUAUUGCAUUGAUUUAUUUGGAAGUGGUGAUGAUGAAGGAUUUUAAAGAUGAAUGUGAUAUUUGUUAUGAAAAAUCUAAAAAAGCAUUAACAACUAAAUUUAAAGAUUAUAAUGAAGAGAAUGUCAAGAAUGUCAUGGAUAGUGUUAGGAAAUGGAUGAAUGAUUGGAUCAAAGAAUAA